AUGAGUCUCAAGCUCGUAGCCUUCGCUGCAACGUGUGUUCUGCAGGCAUUUUCCUUCAAAAGACAUGAGGUGUCUAAAUGGUCUCCCUGUCCCCUGUUCUCCAAUGGUCUCGAAGACAAAACAUUAAUACCGACGGUUGAGUGUGGCAAAUUUUCGGCACCUCUGUGCUAUUCUGACAUCUGUACAGCACCUGAGAGUGUAAACCAGACUGUUGAACUUUUUGUGAAACGAUUUCCUGCCUCUAAUCCCGAGACUGCGAUUAAUAUAUGGAUUCGUGGGCGUCAGGAACUAUCUGCGUUUCUGCUAAAUAAUGAACUAAACACAAAUGGAAAUGUCUAUGUGAUGGUUGUUCGAGGAAGCGGAAAGAGUACGAUUCUGGAUUGUGGAGUGACAACAAGCGAUUCAGAUUUUGA